UUCUACCACACUGUUUAAAAUUAAAGAUGUCUGCCAAUUUACAUCCGCAAUGAAAACUUGAGGAAAAAUAGUCAAUUUUAUUGGUCAGAGAGCAUGUGAAUAAAACAAAUGAACAAGAAAAACCAUGAAGUGUAAUCGAGGUGCUAAAUAAUGGGUUCACAUAUUCUCGAUAUCCUUCGUCAGGGGAUAUGGGCGUCGUUAACAGGCGGAUGGUUCUACGAUCCACAUCUAAGCAUAUUUAUCAACACAUUCCACUUGUAUCUAUGGCUGUUCUUGCUCGCAUUUCCACUCAUCUUACAUUUGACAUUAACACCGUCUCUGUUUAUAUGGAUUCUGUACUGCGGUAUUGUUGGGUUGGUAUUUAUUGUUGUCAAGGUGAUGAACUACAAAUUACACCAUAUGUUUGAUACAUCUGAGGUGAUAGAAGAAGUAGAUGUUAAAACCAGUGUCAAAGGUGAUAGUAACCCGGCAGUGGCUUUGUGUACAGAGGAACCUCCAGAAACCAUUGAGAUGAAGGAUAUGUCAAAUAAUGCCAGCAAACACGAGAGUCAAUCUACUGACCAUAAAAUGGAUACCCAGCCUGACACACAUUCUGAACGUAGUAGCAGAAAACAUAGUUCUGAAAAUAGUGCUAGAAGAAGAAAGUCAAGACGUACUGAUCAUAUACAGAGAGCAAGCAGUCAGAAGGGAUCAAGCCGGGCUCCAUUAGCCGAGAUGGACAAAGAUGAAACAGAUUUAUCUUUACAAGGAGCUGUGGGAGGAACCAGUAGAAUUCUUACACAUCACCAUGGCAACAGUGAUCAAGAUGAUGAAGACACCCCCACAGACGUUGAAGAUGACCUUAGUGUACCUAACACUAUAACAACUAAAGCUGAUGUGGAAGUAGAACCCUCUGAUCGCUGCCAGAUUAACCUAGAUGAUGAUAACUCGUCUCCAUCUCAACUCAAAUCCCCAACAGAAUCCAAGCACUCGUGUGAUGCGGACCUAAGUGACACAUCACCUGAACAUGAAAAUGUCAAACUGAAAAAGUCAAGACGUAGAGCUCAGAGAGCCAAAAGUGCUUUAGAAAGCUCUGAUUUAGCCUCCAAACAUUCCUCAGAGCGAUCUUUACGCUCGCGUCCCUCACUGCCAGCUAGACCAAAAUUACACUCUGUGAUUAAUAAAGAUACUGGUGUUAGUAUAGUUAGACCCUGGAGUGAUCAAACAAUUUGUAAAACUAAACAAAUGUUAGAAAGUGAUGAAAUUACUGUGAUAGAUUUUGAAGUGAUGAACAAUGUUGCUAAAGCAUAUCAAGCUCGUAACGCAAAACAAGAUAGAUCUAAAUUAAACCAGCCAUCCAGUGAUAGUGUUUCUGUCAGGGAACCAUGGUAUAAAGGAUUUAAUCCUGACAUUGUUAGUUCUUCUGAAAUAUUUGACAAAGAUAAUGUGGAAAAUUCACGGACUAGGACAACUAAAUCUCAGCUUGAAAAACUGAGUGAUGAAAAUGUAUGUGAUGAAGAACCUUGUUCAAAUGGCAUCCGAUCUAAAGGUGAUAAGAAAAAGAAAAGAAGUUCAUCACAAAGCUCGGCCAAAUGUGUGUCCAAUACAGACAAACUUGAUGGAAACAUUUCCAAAAAUGUUGAACAUAUUAGAUCUAGAUUUCGGAAUAGAAAUGCUAUUAGUGAAGAAAGGUAUGUUGAAAAAGAAAGUUCGAGGACAUCUAGUCAGCCUGCCAUUAAAGUGGCGUCACCAAUGUUUCCAUCAAGUAGUGAUAAUGAUUCAGAUAUAAGUUUAGGUGAAGUUGUUGUAGUCCCUAUGAAACAGAAGAAAUUAAGAACCUCUAGUGAUACAACUGACAAAUGUUCCAAUAAAGGUCGCGAAAGAACUAAAGUUAAUAAAAAACCAAAACCUGGCGAACGUAGACCAAGACCAAAUAGUGCCGAGUUUGUUAAAUCUAAAGAAUCUAAUACAGUGACAGAUGUAUCUAAUAAAAAUAAAUGUAAAAUAAAUUCAAGUCCAACAUUGAACUCAAACGGUGCAGGUACCCCUGAAAAGCCAAAAGAUGUAGGGUUUGCACGAGUCACUAAGAUGUUGACCCGUGCAGCAAGUGAUAAAAGUGUAGGUAAAGUGCCAUCAGAUAGUAAUUCCCAGCAGAGCAGUGUGAUAGGAUUAGAUUGGCUGUUUAGCACUGACAGUGACUCAUCAGAUACAAGGUCACAUCAUGACCAUGAUGUUGACAGUAUAACAUCAACUUCUGUUUCCCUUGACGACAGUUUCUAUGACAACUCUGUGAUAUAUACAGCUUUACAUGACACUGAUACAGUAACCUCCCCUAGUAGUACAGGAACCGAUGAUCCUGGUCUCCAGAAUAAAUAUAAAAAUACAGUCAGUACUAACUUUACAAAAGAUGUAAACCAGUCAUCAAAACCCGGUCCCCUUAAAGGGGAACAACUCAGUGAUAGUGAUGAUUUAGAAGAUGGUGAAAUAUGUGAUAUAGCUGACUGUUUAGGAACCAGUGUGGAUAAAAGUGAUGGUGAGGAGAAUGAGCCAGGAACUAGUGAGCAAUCAAAACCAGGAUCAGAUGAUUUAGAAACAAUGAAGAAGCAAGGGGCAAUACCUAAACAUUUUAACAAACCAUUACCUCCCUUACCAGAAUCUGCCAACAAAACACAGUCUAAGGAAGACAUCCCAGACACCAAAGCUUCAAGUCCAUCCUCCUUUGAUCUGUCCGACCCGGAAGAGUUUCACAGAAAGUUAAUAGAGAUUCUUAACGAGCCGGCAGAAACUUCGACUGAACAACUUAAAAAAUUCAUGGCUGUCAUGGAGGCAAAAAAGAAUAAGAGCAGCUCAAUGAGAAGUAAAAGUGAGAAAGAGGAUAAAAGUGUGAGUGCGGGGGAGUCUGGUCUCGGUGGUACCUCGGUCCUCUCUCCUGAUGACCUUGAAGGGACGUCAGUUCUCGGUCCAGAUGAUUGUGACAGUAAGUCUGGGGAGUCGAAGCCCGUUACACCAACAGAGAUCUCGAGUCUUCUACCAGACAAUGGGGAAACUAAAGGUGAACAUAGACUGGCUCGACAACCUGCAAGGAAAAGACGUCAUGCAGUACGACAGAGAUCACCAACAAUCCCACCAUGCAUUACAAACAACUCGCACAUCGCUGAAUCUCAUGAAGAUACAACAGAGGGAGCCACCCAUCUGUUCCAAGAUGAAGAUGGUAACUGGUUCUCGUACACAUUUGGUGAUGCAACAGCAGGUGUAGCAUUGUCUCUGGCCGAAGCUUCGGAUGCCCAGAAAAACUGGAAGGAAGAUCGCUGGAGUUCCUCUUCCUGUGCGUCAGGGUCAAUGGUUGUUCUUGACUCCCUCAAAGACGAGGACAAACCACCGAUGUCAUCAUUACGUAUAUUAGACCAUCAAGAUCUAGGUCUACCUGGAUCUGUAGAUAUAAGACCAAUGCGAGGAAUCUUACAGUGUUUACGUGAACAUUUUGACCCUGAGGUUAUUGCCAGUGUUGAUGCAUAUGUUGAUCAACUGUUAGAGAAUGGUCGCAGAUUUGAUUUCCUCGUCGGACAAGAUUCAAGGCAAUGUGUUGUGGGAGGUCUGGGCGCUCUUGUACUAGCUGGGGAAUUCUACUAUGAUAUAUGGAUGUUUUUAUUUUGUUUUAUCAUGGCUGGUUGCCAGUAUUCGUUAAUCAAAAGUGUGCAGCCGGAUGCCGCCUCACCCAUGCAUGUAAGUUACAAGCUGGUAAGCAUGCCAUUUACAACACCUACUAUAUUACUGUUUGCUAGAGAUUUCCUCAGAGUGUUGCUGCUGUGUUUACCUGUGAUAUUUACAGUCGGACUUCUGCCUCAAGUUAACACAUUUAUAACAUUUGCUUUAGAACAAAUAGAUACACAUGUUUUUGGUGGGAAUGCAACUGUUAGUCUGGUAUCAUCUGUAUACUGUUUAUGUAGAAGUUUACUAGCUGCCGGAUUUCUCUAUGUUAUAUGUUACCUUACACUCAUACAACUAGGCAAGAAUAUAGUAGAUGAACCGAACCCAUGUAAGAAUGCAGAGUUUGCCCAGACUGCAGCAUUUUCUAUAUACUGUGCUGUUCUUGUAGCCAUGUCUUAUCAUCUUAGUAGAUCAGCAUCAGAUCCUAGUGUUCUAUGGAUGUUGAUCAAAGAUAAAGUGUUUGGAGAUAAAGAAGAAGAAGAAGAAGGAGAGAAAGAAGGUUCAGAUCUGAAAGAUCCAUUGCCAGGAAAAAUGAAAACCUGUGUUAGUGAGAGACUACAGUCUGACUUACUGAUCAGCAUUGUUAUUAUGAUUCUGUCAUUUGCCAUCCAUGUCAGUACAGUGUUUAUACAGCCUCUCAUAGAUGAUAUCCUAUAUUUCACUGUUGCUGGUUUUGGAUUUCUCAUACACUACCUCAUACCACAACUACGUAAAGAGAUGCCAUGGUUAUGUUGCUCUCAUCCGUUACUGAAAAGUCAGGAGAGAAGCAUGUUUGAAGCUACAGGAGCAGCAAAGAUAAUGUGGUUUGAGAAGUUAUAUAUAUGGUUGAGAUUUAUAGAAAGGAAUGGAAUGUAUCCUGUCGUUGUAUUGUGUGCCUUAACCAGGUCUGUCCCUGAGAUUGUCUGCAAGUUUGGAAACUAUUUCGGUCCACUGGUGCUUACAGUGUGUUCAUUAAAGCUGCUGAGAUUUGCAUUUUCUAAUACACCAAAACAACAUAUGAUUCUAGCAUUUACUGUUCUAUUCUUUAAAUAUGAUGCUCGCUGGGCGACAGAAACCACACUGAUAGAUUACUUCUUUCUUGCCAUUCUCUUUACAAAGUUUUGUGACCUGUAUUUGAAGAUGAAGUUUAUCAUAACAUAUAUAGCACCCUGGCAGAUCACCUGGGGCUCCGCCUUCCAUGCAUUUGCUCAACCUUUCAGUGUGCCUCAUUCUGCGAUGUUAUUUCUACAAGCUGGGGUAUCAUCAUUCUUCUCUACACCACUCAACCCAUUCCUUGGUAGUGCCAUAUUUAUAACAUCCUAUGUCAGACCAGUCAAGUUCUGGGAAAAGGACUACAAUACAAAACGGGUAGAUCACAGCAAUACAAGGUUAUCUCAACAGUUGGAGAGAAAUACUGGUGCUGAUGAUAACAAUCUAAACUCUAUAUUUUAUGAACAUUUAACUCGAUCAUUACAACAUAGUUUAUGCGGGGAUCUGUUAAUGGGUAGGUGGGGUAACGCGGAGCAAGGUGACAUAUUUAUCAUGGCGUCAGAUUCUCUUAAUGCACUUGUACAUAUCAUAGAGAUGGGCAAUGGUGUUGUCACAUUUCAACUCAGGGGACUUGAAUUCAGGGGAACAUAUUGUCAGCAGAGAGAAGUAGAAGCUAUAACAGAAGGUGUAGAAGAUAAUGAUGGAUUUUGUUGUUUUGAGCCUGGUCAUCUACCUCAUUUUCUGUCUCUGAAUGCUGCGUUUAAUCAAAGAUGGUUAUCGUGGGAGGUUGUUGUCACGAAGUACGUUCUCGAGGGUUACAGUAUAUCUGAUAACAAUGCUGCCUCUAUGGUGGGAGUGUUUGACUUCAGGAAAGUUCUCAUUAUGUAUUAUGUUCAGAGUAUAAUAUAUUAUACUGUAAGAUCUCCGAGGUUAGAACAAUGGUUAGAUAACAGUGGUAUUCAGGAAGCAUUACUGCCGAUGAAUGACGAGAAUUAUUGUGACGUUGAUCCGACGUUCAGCGUACAUGUUGAUGAUGAUUAUGACUCUCAGAAUUCUGGGAUAUCUCGUAAAAGUUUCUGUAAUCGUAAUCUGGACUGGAUUCAGUAUUGUGCUUCAAGACGAGAAAAACAAGUAGAUUGUAGAAGAGAUUCACCACUGGUCACAUUGUGUUUUGCUCUCAGUUUAUUAGGGCGGAGGGCGCUGGGUACAGCCUCACAUAAUAAUGCUUCUGCCAGUGUUGAGUUUUUCCUAUAUGGUCUACAUGCAUUAUUUAAAGGAGAUUUUCGUAUAACAUCAUCACGAGAUGAAUGGGUGUUUGCAGAUAUGGAGUUAUUACGUCGUGUUGUAGCGCCAGGUGUUAGAAUGUCUCUAAAAUUACACCAGGACCAUUUUUUGAUCUCGGAAGCGUAUGAGAGUGAGGAAUCUCUGUAUGAUGCUAUAAGUCAUUAUGAAACCAGUCUAGUCAUCUCACACGAGGCUGAUCCUGCCUGGAGAAAUGCUGUACUAUCUAAUACACCAUCUUUACUUGCUCUUAGGAAUGUUUUUGAUGAAGGAUCAGAUGAGUACAAGAUUAUCAUGUUAAAUAAACGUUUUCUUACAUUCAGAAUUGUCAAGGUGAACCGUGAAUGUGUUCGUGGAUUGUGGGCGGGGCAACAACAGGAAUUGAUCUUCCUAAGAAACCGUAACCCAGAACGUGGCAGUAUACAGAAUGCUAAACAAGCUCUACGUAACAUGAUAAACUCAUCAUGUGAUCAACCAAUAGGUUACCCUAUAUAUGUGUCUCCCUUGACUACAUCAUACUCAUCUACCAAUGAACAAUAUACAUCAGUUAUUGGUGGAGAAUUUAUCAUAGAUAAUGUUAAAAGAUUCUUCAAGAACGCCUGGCAGAGUUUAAGACGCCAUUGUGGGGCAUCAUGUACUUCUGGGAGUUCAGCUUGUGUGGAGGGAGAUAUCCCGUACAGCUGUACACAUCAAGCCGCAGCUGCUGUCCUUGGUUCAGCUGGCAGAGGUUGCCCCCCAACCACUCCUGUCAACACACCUGGGGACAUGACACUGAACUCUAGGGGUAACAGGGGAAGUCUGAUCUCUACAACCAGUUCUGCUGCCAGCAAACCAAGAUCAGUUGUCACACUAUCUGGACUGAUACUUGACAGUCAACAAGCAAAAGAUUCCUGGUUAAAAGCAAAGAUUACAGAUGUGAGCUGUGUGUAUGACAGUGUGAAUUUAGGACGUAGAAUUGAUGUACAAUGGCCAAAUGAGGAGUGGAGGAAUAAUGGAGGGAAGAAUGUUUGGUCUGGCUGGUACCCGACACAAGGACAAGAGGGUUAUGUUGUACAUCGCUGGUCCCCAUGUCAUAAAGAAACUGUUAAAAGAUCACAUGUUGAUAAAACGAUAGUAUUAUUACAAAUUGGAGACAAAUAUGUUCCUAUAGGAGAACAAGGUGUGCAGUAUACCGGAGCAGAAGUUUGCCUUCACCCACUGGCAACAUGAGAACAACUCAUUGAUUUGUUCAUGUAGGUUUCUUAGAAUUUGUACAAGGACACUGCAGCAGAUCAUGACAUCAUCAUGUACUGUUACCCCGGUUCUUUUCUCUCUCACCUUAUUUAUUAUGCCAUAAAUCUCUUUUAUAGUUACAUGUACUUAAUUAGAUAGAAGUAAAAUCUUUGCCAUAUAAAUUUCUUCGUCUUAGAAAACAUAUAUUAUACAAACAAUUGGUUUUUUUUCUUCAUUACGGUGAAAUGCUUUCCAAAAUUUGUUGUCAAGUUAAAUUGUGUUGGGGAUAUUGAGUAUAAAUGCCAUUAUACAUGUAUUAUAAUUGCCAUUAUUAAAACAUCAUGUCUCAUUUAAUUUAUAAAUUAUCAAAGAUAAUUAUGUGAUAUACGAGGGUGGUAAAUCAAUUUUAAUGUUCUUAGUAUUUUAUUUACUGUUAAUUUAUGUGAGAAUGUAAAUAGAUAAAUUAUUUUCUUGUAAAUACCUUUCAUUUUAUAUAGCCGCCUGGUCAUACUUUAAAUUCUCUUAAAAUCUUUAAUACUUUAACUGCUCGGAAUAAUCAUAUUUGAUAAUCAUCACUUCAGAAAAAAAAAUGUUUUCUUUUUUUUGAAACAUGUCACUUGGCUACAAGAUUAAAUUGUUCAUUACACAUUUUUAUGAAAGAUUUAACCCCUGCUGAAACCAAAGAGUGGUCAGCCUUUACCACCAGUAUAGACCAGUCCACACAAGUCCAGUCUGCAUAGUCUACUCAGGUGCCUGUUGGUGCCUGAAAUAAUGCAUGGAAGGGCAACUGAGGUCUUCCUCCACCUGUAAAGCUGGAACAUUGCCAUGUGACCUAUACUGUGUUGGUCUGACGUAAAACCAAAUCAAACAAAAACAAACAAACAAGGCACAAAGCUUCAAAUAUUCAUCUAUAUAUCCCUAAAAUUAUUAAUGGGAUAAGAAAGUAUAAAAAACACCAACCAGAAAUGUGAAUAACUUACGCUUAUUUUGCUUUUGCAAAAAAACUUUGCUAAAGUUUCUUAUAUUGUCAGUUUAAAUAUUAAAUGAUUUGUAACUGACAUAUAUGUAGUUAUAAACAUGUAAACAUUUAAUGUGUUAUUAUACAGUAAAUAUGUCUGCUCUUGAUAGUUAAUUGAUAAUUAAUUAAUUGACUCUGAAAUAUUCAAUUUUAAAUAUAAAUUUUAUUUUUGUCAAUAUAUUCAUAUUCAUCUAAAUUUCAUGUAAUAUUUUGAAUGUUUGUCAUAAGAUAAGUUGAUGGGAAAGUUUAGUUAUUUUAAACACUGGAUGUGAGAUGAAUAUAUAUUACUGUUGACAAUAAAAACAAGGUUAAAUGUUUUACACAAUAAACAAAUAUUGUUUACAAAUGUCUCUUUAAAGUAACACUAUGCCUUUGAUUGUAAAUAUUUGGUCAGCGUUAGUAACCACACAGAUAGUAACCACUUAGAUUCUACAAAUUUGUUAGUACAAUAUAUUUAAUGACAUUAUUGUAAAAUAAAAGGUUCUGUUCUGUUCCUAUUGUAAUGUUGCCCUAAUAUGUUUUAUUUAAUAAGCGUUUGAAAAGAUUUUAGUGUAUAAACUUGUGUAGAUAAAUUAUUGUUGUUUUAAUCUUGAAACUGUCCCCAGCACACUCUGUACUUUGCUUAUUAAGACUUUAACCUCAGUAUAUUUUAUAUGUUUGAUGUAUAUAUAUUUGAGUGUACUGAUUUUAUUUCCAAUUUGGCUUAAAUUAUGUUUGUGCAAUAAGUUCCUGUAGUCUACAAAUGUAAUAUAUUUGUACAUACAUUAUUAUAUAUACAUGUAUAUAUAUUUGAGAACGUUUAAACAUAUUGAAAAAUCUAUUUGUUUAUGUAUAUAUAACUACUGUUAUAUUAAAACUCUAAAGUUUUGUCUAUAUGUGUAUUAUAUGAUGUUGUACACCAGACAUUAGACCAUUGAUUGGACGGUUUAGUAGUGGUACAGUAGUGGUUAUAUUGGUGGUUAUAUUAAUGGUUAUAUUAUCAUAUAGCACUCUUUUUUUAGCUCAUCUGUUUUGAAGAAAAAGUCAAGUUAUUGUGAUUGCUGCCUUGUCGCCAUCCUUGAUGUUGUCAUAGCCAUGCAAAAACUUAAAAGCAGCACGCCUCCAGAUUCAUGUUUAUUAUCAUGGAAAUUUUGGAAAUGUAUUUAAAAGUAAAAUAUUGUGAGGUGAACAAAUAAAGUAAUUUAUAUAUUGCAAUCGGCACUUACAAUCCACGAAAAUUCCCCAAAAAAGGUCAAAUUAUGAAGGAAAAAAAAGCUCUUACUGCGUUAGUAAUGCAGUGGAAAUAUGGUGAUAAAAUACUAGUCUUUAACCGCACAUAACAUUUUAGAUAUAACUUGGAUCUUGAAUGUUUUUACCUUUCUUAAAAUUUUAGUACAUUUUUCUCAAUAUUGAUUUUUCUUGAAAUAUUGUGGCUCAUCUGGAGGCGUGCAGCUUUAAUGUAGCCCUUUUUCUUUCAAAGAUUGUAAAAGGUAUUAACAUGAAAUUUGGAAUGCUAGCAUAUCAUGACAAGAUGCAGUUACAAGGCUAUAUUUUAGGAGUUAUGCCUCUUUUUAACUAGAACUUUUGCUUAAUUGCCUAUUUUGUAGAAUGGUUUUAAAACUAUUUAAAGAUAUCAACGUGAAACUUGAAUCAAGUUAUCAACAUGAAUACUUGUUUAUCAUUACAAGGCACAGUUAUUAGACAAGGGACAUUAUUCUGAAAGCUAAAUUUUUUUAGUUAUGCCCUUUUAUAACUUAGAAUUUUUUGUCAUUUGUAAGACAAGGGACAUUAUACUGAAAGUCAUAUU